UUCCGCCGCUAUCAAGGGCAUUGGAAACUAACGUUAGCCAGAGUUAGCAGUAGCUGUCUGCACGUGUGUUUAUAGAAGAUCAAUAAAGCUACGGGUUUCGGUAAGAAAUGGAAGGGUUCGGUUCAGACUUCUCGGCCGGUGGCGCAGGAGGCAAAGUGGACACCGGGACCAUCAUGGAGCAAGUCAAGGUCCAGAUCGCGGUGGCUAACGCUCAGGAGCUGCUGCAGAGAAUGACAGACAAAUGCUUCAAGAAGUGUAUAGGUAAACCUGGGAGCACACUGGACAACUCUGAGCAGAAAUGUAUUGCCAUGUGUAUGGACCGGUAUAUGGAUGCCUGGAACACCGUGUCCCGAACAUACAACUCCAGAUUACAGAGGGAAAGAGCUCGCAUGUGAUCAUCCCUCUCUUCACCCUUCCCUUCCUCGGGCCGCUGCUUACAGUGAGGCUCAGCACAGUGUUUCCACCAGAGGCCAGGAGCUGUGCACAGGUGUGUCGUGGCAGCAGCGCACCGUCAUCAUCACAAUACCUCACAGACAGACAGGCAAGCAGAGCCUGCAGACUCUAGCCAUAACAAUGUCUCUGUGGACAUUUUCAUUUUGCUCUGAGGAACAGUUCAAUAAUAAAGUUUGAUCGUGUUUUUAUGUUAAGAAUAAUAAAUCUGGUUAACAAGUAAACAUGCAAAUGUAAAAAUGUAAAAAGCUGCAGUUUACACCUGCAUGUUUAAAGAAACUCUAAAUUGCCAGUUGGAGUGAACUGAAGUGUGAAUUUGUCAGAAAGUAUGUGCGAGCCCUGUGAUUGACUGGUGCAUGAGCAGUGCACGCUGGGAUAUGUUUUAACUCUGUGUGUCACUGCAUAGGGCUGGACGAUAUGGCCAAAAUAUUCUACCUUAAUUUAGGCCAUUUCACAUCUCAGUUAUAUCAUGAUACAGCAUGCUUUCUGGUAAUUCAGUUAAUAAAUCAAAGUCUAUGAAAUAA